GGGUGGCUCUACCAUCGAGCUGGUACGGAGCAUGAUCGACUUCCAGAACAAAACUCCACACUGGGCAACAAUCAGCGUGGACUUCUCCGAUGCAUUUGGCACCAUCAAACACAGUGCCAUAGCCGAAGCUCUUAAAGAAUUUGGCACGAAUGGACGUCUCAUCAACUGGAUAUCAAGCUGGCUGAAUCAUAGGAAGUCAAGCCUCACUAUGGGGACGGAGACUCGGACCAGAUACAG